AUGGUCUGGUCACAGCUCGAGCCUACGGGCCCGCAUGUAACCUAUGUAUUCCUGUCGUUCUUCCUGAUCUUGUACGCGCUCUUCUCGCUGAUGAUACGGAACCGGCUACAUCUUUCGGAACCACCGCUGGCCACCUUGUUUGGCAUUAUCAUCGGCCCACGCGCACUAAACAUUCUCAGACCCUAUGACUGGGGCUUCUCUGAUGACAUAAUACAAGAAACCACGCGUCUCAUUGUGGGAAUCCAAUGUUUCGCUGUCGGCUUGGAACUUCCCAAUGGCUACUUGCAAAAGAGAUGGCGCGCUCUGCUUGUUCUGCUUGGCCCCGUGAUGACGUUUGGAUGGCUUAUUUGUGCCAUGUUCAUCAUGCUCUUGUUCCAGACGGACUUCCAGACUGCCAUGACCAUAGCUGCAUGCCUUACGCCUACAGAUCCCGUCCUCGCAGCUUCGGUACUUUCUAACAGUCAGUUCAGCACCAGGGUACCGAGGCGGAUCAGGGACCUUUUGAGCGCAGAGAGCGGGUGUAACGACGGUGUAUCAUUCCCAUUCCUCUACAUUGGCCUAAGUCUUCUACUGAAAAGUACUGCUUUUGGUGUGUUUAAGAAGUGGUUCCUCAUCACUAUACUCUACCAAUGCGUCGUGGGUGUUCUUCUCGGUAUUGCCCUGGGUCGCGUCUUCAACGCAUUGUACAGGUUCUCACACGGACGCGAGUGGAUGGGCCGCGCCUCUUACCUGGCUUUUUACUUACUGCUGGCUGUCUUCUCCAUUGGUCUGGCAUCAGUACUUGGUGUCGAUGAUUUCCUGGUGGCCUUCUUCGCCGGUCGUGGUUUCUCCCACAACCAAGCGUCGCCUAUGGCUGAGACUUCUCUACCGGUUAUCAUUGAUUUGUUGAUCAAUUCGGCUUUCUUCGUCUUCUUCGGUGCGAUGAUUCCUUGGCAGAGCUUCGGCGCGCUAGAUGGCAUUACAAUUCCCCGCCUCUUCGCCUUGCUGGCACUUAUCCUGGUCUUCCGCCGCAUCCCAAUUGUAUUUUCGCUUUACAAGAUGAAGAUGCUGCCAUUGGUAAAGACAACGACCGAGGCACUCUUUGUCGGUCAUUUCGGCCCAAUAGGUGUUGGUGCAAUCUUCCUAGCCAUCGAAGCUCGCGCGCAGCUCGAGACGGGUACUUCUUUGCCUCUGCCAAGUCCGCCUGAAGACUUGCCCAUGGACAGACAAAGGACGGUGACCAUGAUUUGGCCUAUGGUCUGCUUCAUUGUGCUUGGAAGUACAAUGGUACAUGGUUUCAGUACACUUGCUCUCAGUAUCGGAGGUCAUUUCGCACGCAAGGAAGGCGAGAGGGCUCCGUUGAUCGGUGGAGAAAGAGAGGGGUUGCACGGUAUGGUUCAUGACGGCAGCGAUGAUGAGGAAAAUGAUGAGUAG